AUGACGGACGAUCGUACAACGGGACUGACGAUAGUGGAGUUACGUAAGAGAUAUGACGAAAAACAGAGACCUAGAAGUGACGAGGAAGAGUAUAGGGCAACGAGUAGGGAAAUACUGUUAUGUGUUCUCGGUCGCGGUUCCUACACACCACAUGGGAUUCCGCUGUUUGCUGCGGCCUGCGGGUCAUUCAACCUCUGCUAUGAAAAAAACCCUGUUAAUGAUACUGGUUUGUAUUCUUCAAGUCAUCUGUUUCUUAAACACGACUGA